GACUGUGCGCAUGCGCAGAGCGCUACGCCACAUCUGUCACAUCUUUUGUUAGUAACGUUACAGAUUCAAACAGGAGCUCAGCUAAACGUUACGGACGUAUUCCCUCAAUAUGACAUCACGGGUUGGUCUCAGAGCUGCUGGUACCAAUGGAAGUGACUUCAAACACAGAGAGAGGGUAGCCCCGCAUUACCAAAUGAGUGCUGCCCUAAAGUCAGAGGUGCGGAAGUUAAACCUGGUCCACCUUCUCCUCUGGCUGAUGGUGGCUGCACAGGUGACUGUCAGCCACUUUGACCUGGUGUCACACGACAUAGUGUCCAUGCCGUACCAGUGGGAGUAUCCCUACCUGCUCAGCGUCCUCCCUCUGCUCUGCAGUGGCUUGUCACUUCCAAAGAACAAUAUCAGUUAUCUUGUUAUAUCUAUGAUCAGCGCAGGGCUGUUCUCGGUGGCACCUCUGAUUUAUGGAGGAAUGGAGAUGUUUCCUGUAGCACAGCAGCUCUACCGCCAUGGCAAGGCCUACCGCUUCAUUUUUGGCUUCUCUGCAGUGACAGUCAUGUACCUGAUCAUGGUGGUUGCUGUUCAAGUGCACGCCUGGCAGUUAUAUUACAUGAAAAAGCUGUUAGACUCAUGGUUUGAGGGUACUCAGGAGAAGAAGAAGAAAUAAUGGAGUGAAGAAACCUGUGACUGGGCAAAACUGUGUUUUAUCUUAAUUUAUACAUACAGUACGUUAUACAUCUUAUCGUCUUAUUGAUGUAUAUUUGUUCAGUCCUCAUCAUGUAACUCAUACCUUAAAUACCAGUGUUCUCUGACACAGAUAUAUAAACAGAGUGAGGUGUACAA